GGUCAAUACAUCUUUUGCAUCAUAUAUUUACAAAGAUGAUGAUGGUUACAAGAUCUUUUCAACUUUUUGUCUUAUUUAUUUUCACUUUGACCAUCGUCAUAACCGAAUGUGCAAAAGUAACCCAAAACCCAGAUGUAUACAAUAUCACUAAAACAAUCGUUCAUAGUGCUGUGUCGAAAGGGGCAGUGUGCUUGGAUGGAUCACCUCCAGCAUACCAUUUUGACCCAGGAUUUGGAGACGGAGUUGGAAAUUGGCUUGUACAACUUUCGGGAGGAGGAUGGUGCACAAACGUCAAAGAAUGCCUGGAUCGUACCAAGUCCGACUUAGGUUCUUCAAAUUAUAUGAAUCCACAAGAAUAUCAAGGAUUUUUCAGCAAGAAUCAGAGUGCAAAUCCAGAUUUCUACAACUGGAAUAAAGUUUUUGUUAGAUACUGUGAUGGUGGAUCGUUCACAGGAGAUGUUGAAUACGUUGAUCCAGCUACCAAACUUCAUUUCAGAGGGGCAAGGAUUUUUACCGUAGUACUGGAGGAGCUGCUAGCGAAAGGAUUAAAGAACGCCAAGAAUGCCAUCUUGGCUGGCAGUUCAGCAGGAGGAUAUCCAGCAAUGUUGUACUGUGAUCGCUUCCGCAAUUCAUUGCCAAAUACCUCUAGAGUGAAAUGUUUGGUUGAUUCUGGCUAUUUUGUUCAUUUCAAGAAUCCUGUGCUCGCAAGACCUUUUGAAUCAAUAUAUAAAGGAAUUGCCACUCUACAAGGAUCUGCCAAAACGUUACCCAAAUCAUGCACUUCAAAAAUGAAACCAGAAUUGUGCCUCUUCGCCGAGAACAUCCAACAAGAAAUCAAGACACCAGUUUUUAUUACCAUGUCAGCAUAUGAUAAUAUCAUGACACAAUAUACUUUAGGAGGUGCAAUAUAUGGCUGCAUUCAAAACGGGACAUGCACAACAAGUCAGAACAAAACCUUACAAGAAAUGAGGUCGGAUUUCUUAAAUGCAAUACCCAAAAGAAAUAAUCCUAAAUUAAGAGGAGUUUUCAUAGACGUAGUCCAUCAUCAUACCAGCCUUCAGAAGCAGACUAGGUGGUCUCCUGUAAAACCCAUCGUGGUUCAUAACCUGGCCGCACCAAAGGCAUUUGCUGAUUGGUACUUUGAUCGGAAUUACACCUAUUUGAUAGAUGAACGCAGCUUGCCACUCCCAAAUGAUUCCUAAAAGGCCGCCCCUUUAGAAGGAAGAUAAUCUUUUAUUACUUGUGUUUAUUUAUUGAAGAAAAUCCAUUUAUGUAAAACUUUUAUUCAACACCAUGUAAGCACAUUAUUAAUUGCUGACAACCUUCUGAUGUAUAUGUAAACUGUUGCCCAUAUAUAUAUAUAUAUAUAUCAAACCUGGUGACAAGAAGGUCCCUUUGACCAAAGUA